CUAGUGGUUGUCUUUGCUUCUCUUCUCGCCGGCAUCUCGCCGUGCCUCGCUUCGCCGUCGCGCCUGUGCUACUUCCCCUCUUCCUUGCUCGCAGGUUGGCGGUUCCCUUCUCCUCGCCGGAGGUAUAGUGGUUGCCGUCUCUCUUUCUCUUUCUGUCUCUCUCGCGCGCGAGCGAGCUUGCUGGGUCACCGCUUGAGCGAACUCUCCGCCAGCUUGAGCUUGCCACCGGUGUUCCGCCUUGCUCUAGGGUUCUUUUCGAUUUUAUUACUAAUAAGCCCUUUUCAUUACCAGUUUGUAGGGCAUAGGCUGAGCAAGGUCGAACUUCAUCAAGCAUCCUAGAAGCAAUGGAAGACGGUGAAGUAGUUGAUAUCAAUGCAACAUCUACCACUUUGGAGCCAGAUAAAAGCACAAGGGGAGGAUUAUGUCUACCCGAUAAAGAUAGGUUGACAUUCAGGCCCCCUCGGCCAAAGUCGACUUUGGGUUUGGAUAAACUUGCUAGUGUGAAAAGGGGAUCAAAUGAUGAAAGAAAUUAUAAAGUUCAUAGCGAAAGACAAAUUUCUGCUUCCAGUUCAAUUGAUGAAUAUGAGAUGUUUGGUUCGUCUGGAUUAGAAGAUCUCACUAGUGUCUCAGAACAAAGGGAGCAUAGUCAUGCAUCUCGUCGCUACCGUGGAGCCAAAAUUGAAGAAAAAUCACAUCUAGGCGAAGGGCAUCAGUCUACUUCCAGCAAAAGGCUAAAUGAGUCUCCGCAAAAUGACGAGCCACCAAAUUCGAGAAAUUCUCGGACUGCUCACCCUCAAGGUCAUGGAAAACAUAGGGGGAAAUACUUUUCUACUGAUGAUAGAGAACAUCAUAGUAGACAACAUGAUCAUAAAAUACUUGGACAUAAGCAGAAGGGUCCUGAGAAUUAUGCUAGAAAGAGGAGUCGACAUGAGCAUAUUUCAAGGACACCUGGUAGAUCUGAUUGGGAUGAUGGAAGAUGGCAAUGGGAUGAUACUCCUCGUCACGAUGGUCGUGAUAGCCACUCUAUUUCCUACAAGCCCAAUCGUUUCUCACCAUCUCCUAUGCUAGCUGGGGCAUCACCAGAUGCACGGUUAGUGUCUCCAUGGUUGGGUGGAAAUACACCUCGUUCUGCAGUUACAGCUUCACCGUGGGAUCAUAUUGCUCCUUCUCCGGUGCCAAUACGUGCAUCGGGCUCCUCCAGAAAAGCUUCUGAGUCUACUAGUCGUCGAAGAAUGCAUCAGCCUACCUCUUCUUCGGUUACAAUUUGGGAGGACAAUGGGGUUGAUAAGAACAAUUCGGCACUUGAACAAACAUACAACAUUACAGAUGAAAUGCGUCAGGAAAUGGAUUAUAACGCUGAUCGGGCAUGGUAUGACAGAGAAGAAAUUAACACGAUGUUUGAUGCUGAUAGCUCAUCAAUUUUUCUCGGGGAUGAUGCAUCAUACCAGAAGAAAGAAUCAGAGUUGGCGAAGAAGUUGACUCGAAAAGAUGGAUCGCUAAUGACCCUUGCCCAAAGUAAGAAGCUGUCACAGCUCACUGCUGAUAAUGCUCAAUGGGAAGACCGGCAGCUUUUGAGAUCUGGAGCUGUUAGAGGGACAGAGGUGCAGAUGGAAUUUGAGGAUGAAGAUGAGCGCAGAGUUAUUCUGCUUGUUCAUGAUACAAAGCCUCCUUUCCUUGAUGGGAGGGCUGUUUACACAAAGCAGGUGGAGCCUGUCAUGCCUAUAAAAGAUCCCACAUCAGACAUGGCCAUAAUAUCACGAAAGGGUUCUGCAUUGGUGAGGGAUAUUCAUGAAAAGCAAAGCAUGAACAAGUCACGGCAACGGUUCUGGGAGCUUGCAGGAUCAAAACUUGGAGAUAUAUUAGGUGUUGAGAAAACAGCUGAGCAGGUCGAUGCAGAUACAGCCAAAGUAGGAGAGCAUGGUGAAGUUGACUUCAAGGAAGAUGCAAAGUUUGCUCAGCACAUGAAGGAAAAGGGUGAAGCUGUCAGUGAAUUUGCUAAGUCAAGGUCCAUAGAGCAACAAAGGCAAUAUCUACCUAUAUUUUCAGUCCGCGAGGAGUUGCUGCAGGUGGUCCGCGAAAAUCAGGUUAUUGUGGUGGUCGGUGAAACUGGUUCAGGAAAAACCACACAGCUAACACAGUACUUGCUUGAGGAUGGGUAUACACGGAAUGGGAUUGUUGGUUGUACCCAACCCAGACGUGUGGCGGCGAUGAGUGUUGCAAAGCGAGUAAGUGAAGAAAUGGACACUAAAUUGGGUGAUAAAGUCGGGUAUGCCAUUAGAUUUGAGGAUGUUACAGGACCAGACACUUUGAUAAAGUACAUGACAGAUGGUGUACUUCUUCGAGAAACUUUGAAAGACUCUGAUCUAGACAAAUAUCGUGUCGUUAUCAUGGAUGAAGCGCAUGAGAGGUCACUAAGUACUGAUGUUUUGUUUGGUAUACUGAAAAAAGUUGUCGCUCGAAGGCGUGACUUCAAGCUCAUUGUUACAUCAGCAACACUAAAUGCCCAAAAGUUCUCCAACUUUUUCGGAAGUGUGCCAAUAUUUCACAUUCCUGGAAGGACGUUUCCUGUGAACAUAUUGUACAGUAAAACACCUUGUGAAGACUAUGUUGAAGCUGCAGUGAAGCAGGCUAUGACAAUUCACAUAACCAGCCCUCCUGGUGACGUUCUCAUCUUCAUGACAGGACAGGAUGAGAUUGAAGCCACCUGUUAUGCCCUCGCUGAGCGUAUGGAGCAGCUAAUUACAUCCACCAGCAAGGCUGUGCCCAAGCUUUCCAUACUGCCCAUAUACUCUCAGUUGCCGGCUGACCUGCAAGCUAAAAUCUUCCAGAAAGCUGAGGAUGGGGCUCGCAAAUGCAUUGUGGCAACCAACAUUGCAGAGACAUCUUUAACAGUGGAUGGAAUCCUGUAUGUAAUAGACACAGGUUACGGCAAAAUGAAAGUCUACAACCCGAGGAUGGGUAUGGAUGCACUCCAAGUUUUUCCAGUCAGCCGAGCAGCAGCUGAUCAGCGGGCUGGGAGAGCAGGCAGAACUGGUCCAGGCACAUGCUAUCGUUUGUACACAGAAUCGGCCUACCAAAAUGAAAUGCUCCCAAACCCUGUUCCGGAAAUCCAGAGGACCAACCUUGGUAAUGUUGUUCUGCUGCUUAAAUCAUUAAAGGUCGAGAACCUAUUGGACUUUGACUUCAUGGAUCCGCCUCCUCAGGAGAACAUUCUUAACUCUAUGUACCAACUUUGGGUGCUGGGUGCAUUGAAUAAUGUUGGCAGCCUCACGGACCUUGGCUGGAAAAUGGUUGAGUUUCCCCUUGAUCCACCACUGGCGAAGAUGUUACUGAUGGGGGAGCAGCUGGAGUGUAUAAAUGAAGUGCUGACUAUUGUUUCAAUGCUUUCAGUUCCCUCAGUUUUCUUCCGUCCAAAGGACCGAGCAGAGGAAAGUGAUGCGGCGAGGGAGAAAUUCUUUGUCCCUGAAUCUGAUCACCUGACACUUCUAAAUGUGUACCAGCAGUGGAAAUCAAACCAGUACCGUGGUGACUGGUGCAACGAUCACUUCUUGCAUGUCAAAGGUCUCAAGAAAGCAAGGGAAGUUAGGUCCCAAUUGCUGGACAUUCUCAAAUCCCUGCAUAUCCCUCUGACAUCAUGCGGGAUGGAUUGGGAUGUGGUGCGGAAGGCCAUAUGUUCAGCAUAUUUCCACAAUUCCGCAAGGCUGAAAGGUGUUGGAGAGUAUGUGAAUUGCCGCAAUGGAAUGCCAUGCCAUCUUCAUCCAAGCAGUGCUCUCUAUGGCUUGGGAUAUACACCAGAUUAUGUUGUCUACCAUGAACUUAUACUAACCACUAAGGAGUAUAUGCAGUGUGUAACUGCAGUUGAACCACAGUGGCUUGCGGAGUUGGGGCCUAUGUUCUUCUCUGUUAAAGAGUCUGACACUUCCUUGCUUGAUCACAAGAAGAAACAAAAGGAAGAGAAAACGGCGAUGGAGGAGGAGAUGGAGCAGCUGAGGAAAGAGAAAGCAGAAGAAGAGAGGAACAAGCUGGAGAAGGAACGCGAGAAGAGGGCCAGCCAGCAGCAGCAGGUCAUAAUGGCUGGACUGAACCAAGCCUCGUCUGUGUUCCGCAGACCAAAAAAGAUGGGCUUGUAAAUAUUAACAUGAGUUCGCUCCACUGAUGGCGGUUAGCAUUCACAAAGAUGGCUGAUAAAAGCAAAACAUCUCCCAUCAUAUGAGUGUGUAUUUCUUUAACAGCAUCUGAAAAAUAUUGGUGUUUUUCUUGCAAGAUUGUGAGGCAAAAAUGUUAUAAGCUGUAAUGUUAAAUUUGUGUAUUCAUGAGUUUAGAACUAAAAUUUCAAUUUUUAUACUGGCAACUUGUAAGGGAUCAAGUUAUGAUGACAAUUAAUGACAUUUGUGUGUGUGUGUGGUCCGAGCAUUUGAAAUUA